AAAUAAAUAAAUAAAUAAAAAACUAGCACGACAAACAUGGAACUUCAAACUGUUCACAGAGCAAUAGGAUUAUUAGAUACUAUAGAAAUUUUGCAAAAUGCUAUUUUACGUCUGGCUAUUGAUAAUUUUUCUCAAGGAAAAAGCAAAGAUCGAUUUAUUAGUGAACAUAAAAUUCUAGAGAAUUUCUGUGAUAAGAAUAAACAUAUUGUUCAUAAUAUAAAAAAACAAGAGAAUUUAACUCUAAAUAUUCAACUUCGGAUAUCAAUAUCAAAUUUACGAGUUGAUAUAAAUGUACCCACUGGAAGAUUCUUGUUAUGUCGAGUGAUUUCUAAAUUUAUAAAAUUAAGUGCCCUUUUAGCUCUUGUAGAAGAUCCAGAGGGUAAUGUUGAAAGACUUGCUUUGUAUAAUUGGACAAAGAUUCCAAAACAAAAUCAAUCAAAUACUAAAUCUAUUGAUGAAUCAUUUUUACCAAUUGGAACUUUACUUGUUAUCAAGAAUAUAUCUUAUAAAUUUGCCACUGGUAAAAUACCCAUAAUUCGUUCUAAUAAUCCUGAUGAUGUUAUCAUCAUCGAUCAUAAUAACAAGUUGUUUAAUGAUAUAAAAUGGUCCACAAAUAAAAAGAUUGUUGAAUUAAAGACUGUCGAUGAUUUCCGUCGUCGUGGAAAUGAUUAUUUUGCUUCAAAUAAUUAUAUUGCAGCUAUUUAUGAAUAUACAAAUGGUAUCAAAUUGGAGCCACAAAAUGUUACUUUACUUACUAACCGAGCAGAAGCUUACCUUCGAUUGGAUCAAUUUUAUAAUGCUCUCAAGGAUACAUAUAUUGCUCUCACGCAUGAUCCCAAUAAUUUAAAAGCAGCCUAUCGUAAGGGUAAAGCUCUUUGUGGUCUCAAAUGUUAUAAAGAUGCCUCUAAUACACUUCAAAAUUUAAAUAAAAGAACAAAAGGUAAUAAUACUUUAAUUAAACAAAUUACGGAACAUGCAGAAAUGUUAUCUUAUGAAAAUAAAUAUGGAAAAUAUGACUAUUUACGUAUUAUUGAUGAAUUCUAUGAGAGGGCUAAAAUUAAAAAGGAUAGUAAGGGUAAUGAUGUUUGGAUUUACGAAGCAGGUCCAAGAUUAGAUCAUGCUGAUUUUUUAAAUGAAAAUAUUAAGAUUGAUCUUAUUGAAGGAAAAGGAAGAGGUUGGGUCGCUAAAUGUGACAUUCCUGAACAUACUUUGCUGAUGGUCUCUAAACCAUUAAAAUUAGUUUUUAGUAACGAAGCUAUUGGAACUAUGAUAAGUGAUAAAUCAAAUGAUGAAAUACCAACUGGUUCAUAUUUAUCUGCUGAAGAAUUAGCAAUAUGUAUUACUAAAAAACUUUUUGAAGAAUCUAAUUAUUGUAGUGAAGUGUAUCAGCUUUAUACUGGUCACGAUAUUAGCAUAAAUGAAAAAAUGAAUAAUAAUUUAGUGAAUAUUUUAAUAAUUGUAAGUGCUAUCAAACACAAUUCUUUUGGUUUAGGUUAUGGAGAUUUUAAUCUUGAAACUGAAUUAACCGGUGUUGGGUUGUGGAUCUUACCAUCUUUUUUUAAUCAUGCAUGUAUUGAUGAAAAUGUAUGCCAUUUUUUUCUUGGUGAUUUGUUGUUCUUUCGAACUAAUCGGCCUAUUUCUAAAGGUGAAGAGUUAAUCGUUAAUUAUAGAGAUGCUUCAUUUAGCUAUAAGGCACGAUCAAGGUAUUUAAAAGCUGUAAACAUAGAUUGUCAAUGUAGAAUGUGCAAAUUGGAAAGUUCUGAAUCACAAGAAAUUAAACUUAGAAUGGCUCAGUUAUUGACAACUUAUAAUGAAUCAAUCAAACCAAAAACAAAAUCACGUAAGGUUGAUCCUUCUCUUAUUAAAAAAUUGGAAGAUAUAAUUGCUGAAUUACGUAACCUUCGAAAAGAACAUCCAGAUCUAGGAUUCAAUACAAUAGAACUUAUUAAAACCUUGGCAUCUAUUUAUAGUAAAAAUGGAAACAAAAAAAAGGCUCUUUCCAUUUCGAAAGAAACAUAUGAUUUAUAUAAGGUAGUUCGACCAAAAGAAAUUCGUCCCCUCAUCCUUAAUAUUGUAAAUCUUAGUUUAGAACUCAAUUUGGUUGAAGAAGCUAAGAAAUGGGUUGAUAUAUUAUUGAAAAAUAUUGUAGAACCCAUAAUGGGCAAACUUAAGGAUGAUAAACCUGAAUGGAGAAAAGAAGCAUUACUUUUGGCAGGAAAAAUCUUACCGGAAGUGAAUUCAUUUUCUGAAAUUUAA